GACACAAAUUCGUUGUCUACUUAUCAAAUCAUGAACUUACUAAUUAUUUUGUUGCUUGUUCUUUCGAUCUCGAAUACUUCGGGAUUCAACUAUUUAGUAGUGUCUCCAGCUUUUGGACACAGCCAUUCUACAUUUAUGGGAAAACUUGCUGAUUCUCUAACAGAAGCUGGACAUAAUGUGACAGUGCUCUCAAUUAUAAUCUCAUCCAAGUUUCGAAACAUUUCCUACACAAAAUCAACAAAAGACAUAGUAGUCGUAGAGACAACAACAGAACAAGACCAACUAACCGAAAAUAUGGAAAAUGACGAUUUUGCAAGGUAUUGGACUCAAGAAGGCACAAUGUUGGAAACGAUUCCCAGCUAUUUAAUGUUUCUCAAAAUGGCUGAAGAUGGCUAUAAAACUUUCCGAGACCAUGCCCUACCGCAAAUGGAUUAUCUGAAGAAUAAUCGACCUCAAUACGAUGCAGUUUUCUUCGAAUCAUUCUUUUUCAUGGGGAAGGCAAUUCAAGAAUAUCUCGAAAUUCCAGUCUUCCUCCCAGUGACUUCAAUCACACAUGACUACAGAUUUGCAGAACUUAUUGGAGAACCUGUUAGCCCUAGUUAUUUAUCAGGAUACUUCACAAAUUUUGGGAACAUUAUGAAUUUCCAAGAGCGACUGACAAAUACGAUAUCUUACUAUCUUGGUCAAAUUUUGAUCGCAUUUCCAAACUGGAAAACUCUUCAAGACCCAUCAAAAGACUUGCUGGUCGAGUCAGAAUACCAUCGUGCUCCAUAUGUAUUCAUAAACUCAAAUCCUUAUAUAGACUUUCCACGUCCACUGCUUUCAAAAACUAUCGAAAUUGGUGGGAUUACUGUAGAUGUGAAGAAGCUCAAAAGUGAGAAAGUCGAUGAAAAAUGGGACAAUAUUCUCAAAAAGAGACCUCAUAAUGUGCUGAUUUCUUUUGGAUCAAUGUUCAAAUCGAUUUAUAUGCCAGAUUUUUAUAAGGAAAAUAUGGUAAAAGUUAUGAAAUCCUUCAAAAACGUGUCUUUUAUUUGGAAGUAUGAAUCAGAAGAAACCAGUUUUGCAAAUGGAGCUGAAAAUAUAAUUUUUAGCAAGUGGGUACCUCAAACGGCUCUUCUAGCUGAUUCCCGUCUCUCAGCAUUUUUCACUCACGGAGGUCUUGGAAGUGUCAAUGAGUUGAGCUACCUCGGAAAACCUGCGCUCUUGUGCCCACUUUUUGCCGAUCAAAUUCGCAACUCAAAAAUGCUCACUCGCCACAAUGGAUCAAUUGAAAUAUCUAAAUUUAAUCUGGAAAACUAUAAUACCUUGCGAUCUGCCUUGCAUAGUAUACUUUUCGCUGAAAGUUACUCGGAAAACGCAGAGAAAUUGGCGAAAAAAUUGGAAUAUCAGCCAACUAAACCUAAGGAAUUGUUUGUUAGACAUGCAGAGUUUGCAGCUCGAUUUGGUGAGCAGCCGGCACAAGAUAGUAAUCUUCGAACUAUGGGAUUUGCCGCCUAUUAUUUAUUAGAUGUUAUCGCAUUCUUGACGAGUUUUGUUUUACUGGUAAUAUUUGUGGUAUUCAUAAUGAUUAGACAAAUUGUAAAAUUAUUGACUAUCAAAUCAAAGCGGGAUUAAAUAUUCUAGAGAAAAGUGUAGUGAAUGUGAAAGUCUCAGAAAAAUGUAGCAAAUAAAUACUUACCAUGUAAUGAACUAGGUAACAGUUACUACAUUUUAAAACAUUCUUCAUUAUUCACAAUCCCUAUUCUUUAAAAAAGCAUUAUCAUUUUAAUGAAUAAAUGUUUAUUAUGAUCAAC